AUGCACUUGUCCGAUGCGAACUCAGAGGAAGAAGAUCCUUGUAUAGAGAUUGAUGUGUUGGACGAAAGUGAGGACAAAUGUAGCGUUUUGGAGAUGGAGAAAAAAUCGAUAGAAGCAGCAGCAUUGGCGGGCGUGACAGAGGAGACAGUAGAUUCGACGUCGAGAGCAGUGGCAAUGAUAAGUGAAAAUAAGAACCGACAAGAUGGCUUCAAUGAUAAAAAGUUAACCGAUUCAGUAUUGCAGUUGGACGAAAACAGCACGCAGCAGCAGCAAAGUUCCUUGCAACAAAACACAUAUCACUAUCACAGUAAUAGCCACCAUCAUCAGCAUCAUCACGAACAACAACACCAAAGAUUACAACAGCAACAGCAACAUCUACAUUUAAAGGAAGAAGAAUGCGACGAAGAAUUAAAAGUCGAUGCCAAGACAGAAAGAGAGAGCAAAGAAUGCAAGGAACUUUAUCGAUCAAGUUUUAAUCGAACAUCUUUAGAUGACUUAGAGCAACAACCAACAUUUGACGAAACGGAUUGUGAUCUGAUACCUUGUAAUACAGUCGAUGUUAUCCAGUCUCACUCACCUGCUCCAGAUAUUCUCUCUAUGACUAAAGAACAGCUACAUGAACAAUUAAUUCAAGAAAUCAAAUCCAGGAGGAAAAUUGAGAAAGAAUGCCAGACCAUUAAAGAAACAUUCCAAGAACAAGUAAACACAUUCUCAUUCUCUGUUAUUUUUUUAUUCAUCUUUAAUGUCUUACCUUCUCUAUUCUUCUUUCUCUUCGUUUUCUAUUUGUCUCUUUACUUCUUGCAUCCUUUUACUUUCAUUGUUUUAUCUCUCCCUCUUGUCUUUCUCUCGAUAUGA